CAUAAACCUUUCGAGUGUGCGGUUGCGGCAUGAUCUGAUGCAACUUCCAGUAGCAGAUGGUAACCGUUUAAUACAUAAAUAAAGAGUGUUUUAAGUUACUUUUCACACUCUCUCGCAUAUAGGAUACAAGAAACAUGUCAGGCGUAACUGAUGCAACAGCUAAAAUGAGUUUAGAAGAAAAGUCACCAAUGUACAUCUCAGACAAAGAGGGGAGCGAUGAAGCAGGGGAUGGCUCUGAACAGAAACCUUUCAAAACGCUAAUACAGGCAAUGAGAGCAUCAGGCGAACCGUUUCCCAAGUUUCUGGUGGCUUCUUCAAAAGAAGGACAGAAAUGGGAAGAUGUUUCUCAAGCUCAACGAAAGAAGGUUGGAAAAAUUUAUGCUGCAGAGCAACGAAAACAGGCUGACAGGGAAAAGAAAGAAGCAGAAAAAGCAGAGCAACGGGAACGUAAUCUAGAAGAAGCAAGGAAGGUGACAAUUGAAGAAGACCCCAGCUUACCCAAAGCUGAACUGAUUAAAAUUCGCAAUGCAGCAGACAAGAGGGAUGUUCGCAUCAAAGUAAAUGGAUGGGUACAUAGGCUACGAAGACAAGGAAAAUCCUUGAUGUUCCUUGUGUUGCGUGAUGGCACCGGAUUUCUACAAUGUGUCCUUAAUGAUAAACUAUGUCAAACUUACAAUGCUUUGAUACUUGCCACAGAGAGCACUGUGACCCUGUAUGGCGUAAUUAAACCCGUCCCAGAAGGCAAAGAGGCACCAGGAGGUCAUGAGUUGGACUGCGACUAUUGGGAGCUAGUUGGAGCAUCACCUGCUGGUGGAGUUGAUAACCUUGUCAAUGAAGAAUCGCAUAUUGAUGUUCAGUUAGAUAAUCGUCACAUGAUGCUUCGUGGAGAAACACUUUCCAAGAUAAUGAAAGUGAGAUCAAGUCUAACAGCUUGUUUCCGUCAGCACUACUUUGAUAAAGGAUAUUAUGAGGUUUGUCCGCCAACUCUUGUGCAAACCCAAGUUGAAGGUGGUUCAACACUGUUUAAACUCAAAUACUUUGGAGAAGAGGCCUACUUGACACAAUCUUCUCAACUGUACCUUGAGACGGCUAUACCAUCAUUAGGAGAUGUCUUCUGUUUGGCUCAAUCAUAUCGUGCGGAACAGUCGCGUACACGCCGUCAUUUGUCCGAGUACACCCAUGUUGAAGCGGAGUGUCCGUUUAUUACAUUUGAUGACCUGCUUGAUCGUAUUGAGGAUCUCGUCUGCGAUGUAGCUGAGCGAGUGAUGAAGACACCGGAAGCCGAGUACAUUAAAGAAUUACACCCGAAUUUUGUUGUUCCUAAACGUCCAUUUAAACGUAUGGACUAUGCAGAUGCAAUUAAGUACUUGAAAGAAAACGAUAUCAAAAAGGAAGAUGGAACAUUCUACGAGUUUGGAGAGGAUAUACCUGAGAUGCCUGAACGUAAGAUGACUGAUAAAAUUAAUGAGCCUAUACUGUUGUGUCGAUUCCCUGCCCCUAUCAAGUCUUUUUACAUGCAGAAGUGUCCUGAGGACAAAAGGGUGACUGAAUCGGUUGAUCUUCUAAUGCCAAAUGUAGGGGAAAUUGUAGGGGGUUCCAUGAGGAUGUGGGAUGGUGAAGAACUACUAGAAGGUUACAAGAGAGAGGGCAUUGACCCUACUCCAUACUACUGGUACACAGACCAAAGGAAGUAUGGUACUUGCCCUCACGGAGGCUAUGGACUUGGUCUUGAGCGCUUCCUAACAUGGCUUCUAAACCGCUACCACAUCAGAGAUGCCUGCUUCUACCCAAGGUUCACCGAGAGAUGCAAGCCAUAAGUACACCUCAAUUCUAUACACUGUGCUAAUUUGUAUCUGUCAAGUGCAUGGAUUCAUUCAUUCCAUUAAUAUUUGGUGGUGGUCCAAUUAGCUAAUGUUCUAAAGCCUGAUUUUUUUUAUAGUAGAUGACAGGCUGUGUUAGUUGCUAUUUAAUUUAGUUACAAACAUGUACAUGAAAUGUACCCUAUUUAUUCGAAUAAAACCUAGAACAUUUAUUGUCUGGGGGUUUUGAGGGGUCGUCUAUUUCCUUAGUUUCAAAUGAUAUAUAUUAUAUUUCAACAGAUGCCCAGUUAUUUUACUAUAAUCCUAAUGAUUUAAUUUUACUAGAGUAAAACAUUGCAGAUAAAAUGGUGUUGAGAUAUUGCUUACAUUAGUUUAACUCAAAAUCAUUUGAGAAACUAUUUGUAGAGUUAACAAAUACUCCUUCUGGUCAUUUAUUUUAGAGGGUGUUUAUUCCAAAUUACAUUCUGGAUGGGGACGUUUAUUCGAAUAAAUACAGUAUGUAACAUUGUUUUUCUCAAAGAAUUGCCAAAAAUAAAAUAUGUAGUGUAUAUGGAGCCAAACUAUAAAAACAGUUGCUAAAUCAUAAAAUAUGUACUUGCUUAGUUUAUACUACAGUAGUUUUUAAUUGACCAAUUUAAUGACAGCCAUUUCUGUAUGUUUUUAUAUCCUCGAGAUGGAAGUAUUGCCUGUGGCAUGGAAAGCGACAGAUGUUCUUAAGGCUGGUUUCCAUGGAAAUUGCUACACGCUAUCACUGAUUAGUCAGUUGAAUCAGGGAGCGUUCCCGAUUGCAUCAGGGAUAGCUACGCAAUACAAGGAUUGCAGUGAAAACGCUGUAGCGAUGUGUAUGGAAACAAAGCUUACGUAACCAAUUAAAUAUGCUGUACCCAAUAUAGACGCUAAAAUGAAUAUAUAUAGAAACAAAUAGAUUUAUUACGAAUUAUGCAAUUGUUUGAUAUUAUGCCAUUGUAUCCAAACAUUUUUAGGAUAUAUUUAUCAUUUUCUUUGAAUACUGAGGAAGGUAAAUUCUCAAAAUUGGGUAAUAAUUGCAACUAUCAUGUGAAAAUCAUGGUCGUUUGGAUCUAUGAUUUUGCCAUUAUAUAAAUUACGAGUCAUGUGGCCCCACUAUUAAUGAUAUUGUUUCAUUCAGAUACCUCUUUAACAUAUCACCCACAUUUUAAAAGGUAAGGUUAAAUGAACUUAGGUCAAGGAAUGAAUGUUUGUGUAUGUGAAAUAAAUUCUCAAUUGAAUAUCUA